GCGCCGUCAAAGAAGGACGUGCCCGUGGUUGCGGCUCCUUUUCGGAAACUCUUUAAUUUAGUAAAUAAAUUGAAUUUGUUUCAACAAAAAAGACAUGUGAAUUCAACAACCGAAAUGCCGGCAAGGGAGUAUUCAGAUUUGUGCACAGACAAGGUGCUUUCAAAGGGAAGAAUUCUUCAAGAAUUGACAAAAGCUGUCAAACUGGUCUAUGCUCAAAGUUUACACGGAACUGUAGUCCUAGAUGGAGAUUCUUGGUUAGUAUAUUGGUUAGAUCGUGCUCUGCGACAUGGAUUACGUGUUGAAAGAUAUGGAUAUUGGGGAAUGGUUCGUGAACUCAGUCAUCAAGACACAAUUGUCGUCAUACACGCUUUACAAAGCGUCUUAACAUCGAUUGGAAAAGGCCGAGCUUGGUUAUAUCAUACCCUCAGCGAGAAUAUUUUUGAAAGUUAUCUAGCAUGCUUUCUACGUGACACAGUGACUCUGAAGAAACAAUAUUUUCCACAUGCACUUGUUCGUGAUGCUGACAAAACUCAUCAGCUGAUAAAUCUUUUAGCUGGCCUAGAAAAUGUAUCAUUUACUCUUCAAUUAGAUGUCACAUAUUUAGACAUUUGUAACUAUAUGCCACAACAUCCUAUGCAUGGAUCACCUUCGGGAACAGCAUUAUCAUUACAUUUGAGAUCUUCGAGUGUCACUUCAAGUCUUGCUUCACCCGGAGACAGUGGCGUUGCUUUAGAUAGUGACAUGGAUAUGGCUAAUGAAACAGAUGCAAGCAGUUAUAAAGAAGAGGAUUCAUCAAUGGAUGAAAUUCCGAAAUAUCGCAACAAGUACAAAUCGAUAAUAACAAACUGUAUUCAAGACAAUAAGAACAUAAAUCGUUCAUUUUCAUCAAGUGAUUCGAGUGAGGAUGGAAAAACACCAGUUCAUUCACCAGCAAUGCACACUAAGUUCAAGCACACAGUAACAAAAAGUGACAUAGCUAACCAGAAUAUAAUACCAACAAAAAUGGAUGAUAAUGAAUUUAAUUGCUCUAGCUUGGAUACAUUAAAAGAUUAUAACAUAUAUAGCAAAAGUCUUGAUGAAUCACGACUUGACAAAGUGAACAAUGAUAAUGAUAAUUCUACCAAAGAUUACAUUAAGCGUAGCAGUUACCAUGCAGAUGGUAGUUACAGCUUUAAAAAGAGCAUAGAUCCACGUAAUUCAUAUGUAAUUAAUAACGAUACUAAUUUAUUAGAGUUAAGUAUGACAAUUUCUGAUUGUGAUUGCUGUGCUGAUGCUCCUUACAGCAUUUUGAAUACUGUCAACAUGACAGAUACAAGUAUUUUAUCAUCAUCAAGCUCAGAAGCAAUUGUUCAGCGACGACAGCGUAAAAAGAAGCGAGGAGAAAGUAAAAAACGUGUAAGUUUUCAUGAAGAUAUCUUUAAAACAAUGAAAUUAGACGAUGAUGAAAAUUUUGCCGACUUUUCUAUGAGUUUUAUGCCACCAAAUUCAGUGCAAAAGAAAGAUGUUCAAAAAGGUAGAUACAGUUGGUGUGCAAACGGAGAUUCUCCAUAUAUACAGAGAAGUGUUAAUACAAGAAAUGCAAUAUCAGAUUAUUAUUCUUCAUCAUCAUCUACGAGUACUUUUGAUAGUGAUGGUGGUUGUAAAUCGUGCAAGAAUGCUAGAUGUACGUGUGGACCAUCGAUCUCUGAGCGAGGCGUGCCAGAAGGUCAAGAAGAUCCUGCUCUGAAUUUUAAACCAAAGAUGGAGAUUGAACUUGAAGAUAAUGAAGCACAGGAGGCUUAUAUUGUUGAAAAACAAUAUGGAUAUAUUGUAGAAGACCCUCCAGCUAAAUUAGAAAUGCCUCGGCCUGUUAAUACCAAAAAAUAUAACAAUUCUAGCGAUUGGAGUGAUGUUGAUAGUAUGACGACAUCUGCUGAUUUUGAUGAUCGAAAAAAUUCAAGACAUUUAGCAUCUCCUGUUAAGAAACGUAAUAUUACGUCGAUUUUACCAUGUGACAGUGGAAAAUUUUUGACGUCUUCAUCACUUCGUCAGGCUCCUUCAAGUACUUCGUUGCUUAGUAGAUUUUUAAAAUCAAUAACAGAAAGAAAAUUUGAUGUGAAGAAGAAUAAAAAAUUUUCAAAACCGAAUUCUUUAUAUAUUAAAGGUGUAAAAGUUGAUGGAAAUUCAUUUAAAGACUUUAAUGAGAAUUUAGAGAAAGAGAUUCAGGAAAAUAUUGUAGCAGAAAAGCGGGAAUUUAGUGGAGAAAAAAUAAGCCUCAAGCUCAGGGAAAUUUUUAAACGUCAUAUUUACAGAGAUAAAAGUGAAGAACUAUAUAAAGUAUACAAAGUCCGUAGUUCAUAUAUGAAUAAUGGCGAAAGUCGGCCAAUGCUCGCUUUAUUGACCGACAAAACAUUAUAUUUAACUGGUACUAAAUCAGAUCAUACUUACAGCAAUCAAUUUGUCAUUCCUUAUAACGAGUUAGAUGUCAUCAUGAUUGGACCAAAUGCACAAACAAUUCUAAUAUCUAAUGCAGACUAUGAAAUGCAAUAUUUAUUUUCUACCGGUAGCUCUCAGACUACUUCUGAGUUAAUUACACAUUUGGAGAUGGCCAUGAGACGGUCUCCAUCAAAACCUAAAUUGCCUGCAGUUAAAGAACUUAAGUAUGAGGAUAUGUAUAAUCUAAAAAGUUUAAUAAUGGCAGAGACUGCAGUGAAUGUUGAAGAAAAUAUUGAACACUACAGUCUUAUUUAUAUGGAAGAUGAUCAUAUUACACCACCCGGUACACCUUGCGGUCCAACCAAAGAAGGAGAUCUUAUGUUUCGACCGCAUUCUUAUCAAUCUCUCCACCCAAAUGCGCCAACGAAUGCCUGGGAAGCUGGAUACUUUGUCCUCAAAGGAGGCGUUGUUUACAUGUUCACAGAUUCUCAUCAACGGCUUCCUAAACGUGCAAUUCCACUGAAAGGUGGACUUUGUCAAGGCUGUAGGAGAAUUCCCAACUCUCAUCGGCCUCAUACUUUCGAAAUACUUUUAAAACCUAAUAAAUCCUUCCAAUUUGCUGCGCCAGAUGAAUAUGUUGCCUCCGAGUGGCUUCAGAGUUUUGUACAGAGUGCCUCAGGGUUGUUUGAUAACACAGAGAAGAGAAGCCCUUUACCUUGUAGCCUUGUUGCCACUACGAAACAUUUGAUUGCUAUGAAAGAAGCUUUCCCUGGGACUCAGAGAGAACAAACUCUCUCUUGUGCCUCAGUUGAAGAUCUUACGGCCUUUCGUGUACCUUUGGCUCAACAAUCUUGGUGCAUUUUGGAAUUUGCCUGCCGGGAAGUUCAUGAAAGCAGUGGAGAUUGGGUAAUUUAUUUCACAAAUUAUACAGAAUUGUGCGCCUUCCGAGAAGUUUUAGAAACACUGUGGGCUGAUGCUAAAAUGGGUGCAUUUCCUAUGGUGACUUUGCCACCAGAAAAUAAGCUCCAUCGUCGUUGCUCAGAUGUAAGCAAGGAUCUCGAACAUGCUUGGCAAUAUUUAUUACCAGUGUCGUCUGAAUAAUCAGUUAAGUCUUUAAUAAUUAAUAUAAUAAUAAAACAAAUAAUAAUUAUAAUCACUGAUAUUUAUUGAAGCAAAUGCGUAAAAAUUGUAUCUUAUCAUAUGUUUAUGACCAUAGAGACAGUUGGAGUAUUUUUAAGCCGGAAAAGUAGCAAAUAACUAAUAAUCGGCAUAUAAAAAUUCUUAUAUAUAUAUAAAAAAAAAAA